AUGUCUGAAAUGAAGACUGAAUCCUUGGGUAGACCUGAAGAUGACAAAAGUCUUGACUUGGUUAUUAAGUUAACAACUCAAUUGGCCAAGAAUUUGAAAGAAGCUGAGGAAACUAACAAGCUGUUGGUUGAGGCGCGUGAAUAUAUUGAGAGCGUCUGUGGUGUUGGAUCCAAAUUGACUGCAAAGAGAGGUCUCAAGAGGAGCCAUAGUCAUUCUUCAACAUCUCCAACAAAGAAGAAAUAUUGUUUCUUCUGCAACAUUUACGUUAUGAACGAGGAUUAUAAUGCACAUUUGGAAAGUGACAAACACAUUGAACUUGUUAAGCUCAAUAAGCUUACUCCACCUACUUCAUCUUCAAAAAUGGACAAUUGA